AUGGCUUUUGCUUAUUUGACGUUAACUAAUGCGACGUUUGGAGACUCAUUAAAAGUGAUAGAAGAUUACGCUUUUUAUGUCUCACAUUUUACUUCAUUUGACCUUGCAAAUGUUGAGUAUAUCGGCAACAGUGCUUUUGAAGCUUCUUCGUUUCUUCAAUACAUAACAGGUGGCUAUUCUCUCAAAAGUGUUGGUGACAAUGCCUUUUAUUCGACUCCGAUAACUUCACUAUGCAAAGGAAAUGAUGACAUUAAUUAUUGUGAAAAUUUAACUUACAUUGGCGACCAUGCUUUUGAGAUGUCUUUUUUGCCAAAUUUCAAAUUGUCUUAUUCCCCAUCCUUACAUGUCGGGAUAUCGGCCUUUGCUAAUAUCUUUCAACUGGAAAUGUUCGACAUGAGUGGGUAUCAUACUAUUACUAAAGAGAUGUUUGUCUACUGCAACAAUCUUAAGCAAAUUAAAAAUUCUGAAAAGGUGACGAGUAUUGAAAACCAAGCAAUAGAUAAUACGGCUGUCACUGUACUCUCUGUUGGUCAAUUGUCCUAUGUUGGCUUUGCUUUAUCGGCUAUUGAAACGUUGUUUUACUAUGGAACUUCAGAACCAAUUUUGGGUAAGGAUUAUACAACACCAACAAACAUGAAAGUGUAUGUCACAGAUAAAUACAACACAGUCAACGACCAAUUUACUGGACUGGCCACUACUGUUGUUAAUUGUAAUAAUAAUCAAAAAGUCGAUUUAACUGACUUAUCAUGUAAAUCAUGCGAAGAUGGGUUAUCCACAAUCGAAGGAUUGAGCAUGGAAUGUACAGUGAAUACUUCGACAUGCAAUGGGAUGUACAAAGGUUGUGCCUUAAAUGCUUGCACUGAAUUUCAGUGCUUGAAAUGUGAAAAAGGCAAGUAUUUCGAUUUUGAUACAAAGAAGUGUAUAGAGACGUGCGAUACAGCAAAUGGAUUUCAUCUUUUAUUUGACCAAAUAACUUGUGUGAAAUGUCCUGAAAAUUGUAAUAAGUGCACCGAAUCAAGUGAAGAAAAUCCUUCCAGUAAAUACACAUGUAUUGAGUGUAAAGGUGGAUAUACAAAAACAAGUAAAGGAAUGUGCACAACAUCAACACAAUGUAAUAGCACGUCAAAUGAAGUUAUCAUAGAAAAUGGCACAUGCACAUUAUGCAAUGAACUGAUUGCAGGGUGUCAGACUUGUUCUGAUAAAACGACAUGCACGAAAUGUAGUGGGAAAUAUCGUUAUAAUUCAGAUAAAAAACUGGAGUGUUUAACAAGUUGCGUCAAUUAUUAUGAAGUCGCUGGGACAAACAUGUGUGUUGAUGACUGCGAUAAUGUGACUCAGUACAAAGACAGUGAAAAGGCGAUAUGUUUUGAUUAUCCAAAAAGUUGUGUUAUAUAUAAUACAUCCGAUUUAUUAAAUGAACAAAUAAGGUGCUCAAAAUGUGCAAGCAAGUAUUAUUUAACUUAUGACACCAAAGAGUGUGUUGAUCAAUGUUCAGUUGAUUAUGAACAAGUAGAACCCAAUGGAAAUGAAGAUGGCAAAUGUAAUCAAAUUGUGUGUGACGACACAAACUGUGAAAAUUGUACAUCUCAGAGUAAAAAUAUUUGCAUGAAAUGUAAAAGCCCUUAUUAUCUUUAUUUGAACGAAGACCGAAGUACAAAAUGUGAAUCAACGUGCACUAAAGACACUCAUUUUGAAAAGACAAAUAAUGAUGUUUUGUACUGUAAAAUGUGUUCUGAUUUAACUGAUGGUAUUGAAAAGUGUAUAAAAUGCUCUAUUAAUGAAAAUGAAAAGAAAUGUAACACUUGUGAAACUGGAUAUUAUGUGCAGCCAAAUUCUCUUAAUGAGUGUAAAACGACGUGUCCAACUGGAUACAAAAUUGGUGAUAACGGCGAUUGUGAGAAAUGUGCAGAUAAUUGUAUUUCAUGUGAUACAAAUGGAAAGGGAAAGUGUGACAAGUGCGUUUCAUCGUAUUAUUUACUUGAAAACACAUUGACGUGUUCAUCGACUUGUGAUAUCGAAAAGGGAUAUUUCAAGAAUGAAACUGUUACUGAUAACUUAAAAUGUAACAAAUGUGACGAAUAUUGCGAUCAAUGUGCUUCAAAAAGUGAAUGCUUGCAUUGCGAAUAUGGCGCAUUUUUAUUUGAAAAUAAGUGUAUUGGAACAUGCCCAGUUGGGUAUUUUGAAAAUGUCAGACAGUGCUCGAAAUGCAAAGAUGGUAAUACAUAUAAAACACCAUGUUAUUCGGAUGAUAAAGAGUGUAAUAAAUGUGCUACUCCAUCACAAGACGCUUCAUUACUAUUAGAAAUAUCAAUAGUAUUUUUGUUGUUAUUCUUCAUAUUCUAA